UGAAACUUAUUUAUGAUAAGCUAAAGUGCAUAACAUAUUAAUGUGUGAUAUGACUACAAGUAUGCUUUCAUGAUUUCAUUCUCCUUUUUUGUCUAUUUCAGCAAAUGCAGAUUGAACAGAACAGUGUUCUUUUACACAUGCCGUGUUAUAUUAAAAAAAAAAAAAAAAGGAACAAAUACCUCACAUAAUAAAUAAAUAUAAUAAGAUAUACACACAACACAUUUUAGACCCAAUAAUGAAAGUAAAAAAAAAGGGGAUUUUUUUUUAUACAUAAAAACUAUAUUUUAUGUAUACAGAGAUUGGCUUGGAUUAAUAGCAGAUAUAGAAUUUAUAACAGUAGAGAAUUUUAGUGUACUCCAAUGUACAUUUAUGUAAGAUGACAAACACACUAAACCUGAGUGUGAAUAAUAUUUUCAUGUUUCAAGAACACAUGAAUGUUCUUCAAAAUGAAACAUUUUUCAUAAAAAAUCAAGCAUGAUAGUUGGAAUGUGUGAGGGUGAAUCGAUUGAAAAUAUUGUGACAUAAAUGAGAGAAACAGUGAAUUCAAUUUAUAGAAAAAUUUACAUUUUUAUGUUCUUUAUUCUCAGUAGCCUGUUCUACUGCUUUCUUGAACCUGAUACACUUAUUAAUGUCAACUUGGCCCUGAUGUGUUUUGCUGGUUGACAGUUCAGGGCCCACAGUAAAUAGGCAGAAUAUGUCUGUACACUUUUGAAUAAUGAGCCUUAUAUUUAAUUUAUUUUACAGUUUGAAAAUGUCUGAGAACUGGAAACUUGCAAACCUGGAACUUUCUAAAAAUGCACUUUGCAUCAGUUGGACUGGUUAUUAUUAUUAUUAUUAUUAUUAUUAUUAUUAUUAUUAUUAUCUAUAAUAGUUUGUCUCAGGAAUAUAUUGAUAUAUUAUUUCUUAGGGAAAUGACUAUUGUUUAUCAUUUAUUAAAGAUCACCCUGCUGGGGGGGAAAAAAACAACAAUAGAAGAAUUUGUAAUGGUUUUAAUGAUUAUAAUGGGAAUUGUAUUGAUUUUAAUGGAAACUGUAAUGGUCCCUGUGGGUCUCUACUGGUAAUUUGUUGCCUUCUAUUGUUGGCAUGUUAUGUCUAGUUUAUACCAUUAAGGACCAAUAAUAGUAAUGGUCUUUAUGGUUAGCUGAUGGUUCUAAUGAUGUUUGUACUGGAAACCAUUAGAAUUUCUGUGAUGGUUUCUAUUUUUAUUUUUUCCAGCAGGGCAAGAAUAUAUGACACUGUAUUGAAGUUUAAAACGGAUUAAGCUUUUGGGAAAGCACUUCGGUACUGUUUAUGGGAAGAAAAAUCGCCAGAACAAUAAAUGACUUUCUGUAAACGAAUAUAUAGUUAGUUUAAUAUUUUAUCAAGUUAUCCUUGUCGAAUAAAAACUAGUUUCUAUGUAAAACAACACCGAGGUUGGCGUUUUGUUUAUUUAUGUUCCAACGUCAUCACCAUGAAUCCGGAAGUUACUCCGGGUUCAUGGAAAUACCCGGAAAUACUCCGCGCAUGCGUACAUCAAAAAAGAAAGCAGUCCUCGAAGCUAUUAACAGUUUUAGCUAAAUAGCUUGAUGGCGGUGAUUUUUGUAAUUUAAUAAAGAUGUCCAAAGCGCCUGUACAGGCCAGUGCAUCGGCAGGCAACCUUGGACAUUCAUCAUCAUCCUCCUCUUCUUCACCUCCUUUGUCUUCUCCCGCCAACGCUCUGCACGCGCAAACGGAGAAGCCUCAACACUACACAUAUCUGAAGGAGUUCAGGACGGAGCAGUGUCCUCUGUUUGUGCAGCACAAGUGUACCCAGCAUCGUCCUUUCACCUGCUUCCACUGGCACUUCCUGAACCAGAGACGGAGACGGCCCAUCCGCAAGCGGGACGGCGCGUUUAACUACAGCCCCGAUGUUUACUGCGUCAAAUACGAUGAGGGCACAGGGACCUGCCCCGACGGAGACGAAUGUCCUUUCCUGCACCGGACAGCCGGAGACACGGAGCGGCGCUACCACCUGCGUUACUAUAAGACCGGCUCUUGUAUUCAUGAGACGGACACGAAAGGCCACUGCAGUAAAAAUGGCCCCCACUGUGCCUUUGCUCACGGAUCUCACGAUUUGCGAUGUCCCGUCUAUGAUAUCAGGGAGGCCCAGGCUCUGGAGGUUCAGACCGGAUCCGGUUUGAUGGAGAGCGGAGUCGGGGAUGGACAGUCCGGGUUAGUGGCCAGCGCUGCUCUUAUAGAGAAGACUCUGAGUGAGGAGCCGCGAUGGCAGGAUAACAGCUACGUGUUGUCGCACUACAAGACCGAGCUCUGUAAAAAGCCUCCUCGUCUGUGUCGCCAAGGUUACGCCUGCCCGUACUAUCACAACAGCAAAGACCGCAGGCGCUGCCCUCACAAGCACAAAUACAGAGCCUUGCCGUGUCCCUCAGUGAAGCACAGUGAUGAGUGGGGUGACCCGAGUAAGUGCGAGAGCGGCGAGAGCUGCCAGUACUGUCACACACGUACCGAGCAGCAGUUCCACCCUGAGAUCUACAAAUCCAGCAAAUGCAAUGAUAUGCAGCAGAGUGGCAGCUGCCCCAGAGGGCCUUUCUGCGCCUUCGCCCACCUCGAGAGAGCGAGUAUGAGCGAGGAUCAGCCUUUCCCAGAGUGCAGCUCUUCUCCUUCAUCAGCCCUCACUUCAGCAAUCACAGACAACCCAGAGCAAAGCCUUCUGGGAAGGAUUCUGUACGAGGACACCUCUAUUUUGGAUCCCCUCAAUUCCAUCUGGGCAGGAGAAGUGGGUUAUGGGAAAGCGCCAGGCUUUGAGCGGGAGGAUCAGGCAAAACAUAAGACGUAUGCAAUGGAACAUCGCAAUAAAGAAAUUGGUUCACAUAGCAAGCCGGAGCUGUCUGUGUUUCUACCAGUGGGCAGCCCCCUCAGUCUGUCGUCCAGUGUGCCCUCCAGCCUCGCUGCGACUCCUCCCAGCCCAGCGCCUUCAUCUAGCAUGAAUGCCAACGCACUGCCGUUCUACCCCACCAGCGACACCGUGGAGUCUGUCGUAGAGUCUGCACUGGAUGAUCUGGACCUGAAUGCGUUUGGAGUGUCAGCUCUGGAGAAAAGUCUGGAGAGCAGCUCCAUGCCCAGCAUGGGACUCCUGUUAGGAGGAAGUCAGCUUCAGAGUUCGGCUCCUGUUAACAUCCCUGGAUCCCUCAGCAGCCCCUCCCCUUUCCGAUCUGCCUCCCCGUCUCCUCCAAUCAGAGCUCAUGCUUCUCCAUUUCUGUCUGCCCAGUUACCACCGCCCACCCAAUCAGAGAGCAGCUUUUUGGGACCAUCUCAUAGCUCUUUAGGUCUGAAUGGAAUGAGCAGUAGUAUCUGGGAACAUUUUCCCCUGGGCUGUUCUCCCGGGACACCCCCAGCCCUGCUCUCCGCCGGAACCAUGUUCUCCGAGGCCUCCCGUCUCAAACAGGAAGUGGAGGAGGCUCACAGGGUGCUGAAGCACUGGGACCACAGCUGGAGGCAGAUGUCUCAGUCAUGGGCGGUGCUGAAGGCUGAUGCAGAAGAGGCUCGGUUGCUGGCAGGCCGGUUGGGUUUGGAGGCGGAGCGAGCACGUCAGGCUGAAGAGGAGGCACAGGAACAGGUCACGCUCCUGGAGGAGGCGCUGGAGAGCUUACGCAGCUCCGAUAACCCCCGACUGCAGGUACACCAGCUGCAGCUGUUACACAAACUCCCACUCGGCUCCAUCUGCAGUCUGCAAACUCAGAUCUGCACCUGCUUACGGACGGUGGAACAGGCCGUGUACAGGAAGCAGCGGUUAUGUUGCGUGUCGUGUGAGGAGUUGGGCUGUGUGGCGUUGCCGUGUCAGCACGGUGUGUGCUGUGAACGUUGUGCGGCCUCGGCCGAAUGCCCCGUGUGCUCCGGGCGCCAACAGAGCCUGAAUCUACCCCAGUCCUAACCAACAGCCAUAUAAUACCGAACCGUUCCUUACACUUAGCACUGAACAUCGCUCUGAGCUUCAGCAUCCUCCUCCUGGAGAUUUAGUUCAGUUCCAGCACAAAUCCAACACAAAUCCCGCAGCCAGUUGCAGUAGUUGCAUGCACGUUUGAUUGUAGCCAGAUGUGAAUGUAAUUUGGCACUACAACAAAAAAAAAAAGCAAGUUGCACAAAGUCAGCAUAGUUUUAGUGUAAAAAUGUGUAUAUAUUUUUUUAUAUAUAUAUAGUCUUGGAUUGAGUCAGCCGCUUCAGGUUUCUUUGUUGCUGUUGUUUGAUGUUAAAUUCUUAUUAAAUCGGUUAAAAACCCCAGUUUCAAAGUCUCAACUGAGAACCCCAAGCAUGUCUUGAUGACCAAAGUAAACAUCCCAUAAUAUGCGUAUUAUUUUAUUCUUUCUCUACCAUGGCAGGGUUGAAUUCUCGAUUCUGAUUGGUCAGAAAGUGUUUGUUUUUUAAAAAAAAAAUUAUUUAUAUUAAGACACUCGUUCUGAGACGUUUCUGUAGUAACGAUUUAAACAGCGACUCGUCUAAAGAUUUUGGGUUUUUUUUUUUUUUUGUAAGACGUUAUUUAACACUUUGGGAAGGAGUCGUCAGUGCGUUGUAACAGUCCAGGAUAAAGCUGUAACUUCAGCAGAGACGGCUGGUUAGGGAAUGAAUUACGCACAGAGUUUAAGGAGAGAUUUAUUUAGGAGCCCGAAUUACGACUAAAUUGAAGUUUGACUGGUGCGUCUGGCUGCUUUUUCACAUAUAUGUUAAAAUGUAAAGAUAUGAUGAAUAAGCUUAUAAUUAUGCUGUUUCUAGGGUUAUACGGAAGCUGGAUCUCCAGGAGAAGGUUUGAAAUGGUCGAGUAAAAACUUUUUUUUUUUUUUUUUUUUUUUUUUUUUUUUUUAACCUCAGCUGAUCGUUCUCACUCCCUGAUCGUAAGAAACAAAUAGAGGCAAAAAUGAACAAUAUGAACGUUUCAAGUGCCAGAUUCACAACAGUGACACUUUCUGCACUGAUCCUUUUAUCUUACGUCUCUCGAACACUACUCUUCAAACCUCUCGUCUUGAUCCAAAUCGUUUUCGACGCUAUGACGUGUCCUGCUUUCACACUCCUGAACAUUUAAACCAUGCGCACUCAGAAAAAAUACCGUACGAUAGUACCCUUCUGUACCUUUAAUGUGCAUCGACUUUGAUACAGCGUACCUUUAAAGUUGAUUUAAGAUACUUCAAUGGUUUUUUUUGGGGUUUUUUUUUGAGUAAAGCUUUAAAGGUAAAAGAUACAUACUAAAGGUGCAAAAGGAAAGGUACCGUUUAGUACCUAUUCAUCACGACUCGGCACAUAGCUCUCCGUUCGUUCACUGUUCGUCUUCUAGCGCACUGUUUUGGGUGCAGCGAUUUUGUAGUGUUGUCUGAAUUCUCAGUAUUAGUUGGAUUCUUACCCAUAGUGCACCAUAAAUCUAGGGUACACACGAGUACCACAAUGCAUAGAGAUUUCUUUUAACUCGGAACGUUUUGGUCAAAAUGGACACCAAAGCAGCUGACUUCAUAUAUCCUGAUAAUUGUGUUUUUUGGGUUUUGUUUUUUUUUUAAACUUAAAAGCUAAUAGAAACUUUUUAGUGGCAUGUUUAAUGCAACUUUUUAAAGAAAAAAAAUCACUUUUAAUACUGAAGUAUUUUUAUAAUAAGCAAAUUAUUUAUGUAUCCAGUGCAGCGUCUCCCUCACUGCUGCCCCCUAUGUACUGCUCUGUAUAGAUCAGUCUUUAUAGUAAAUAGUGAACGAGUAGGGUAACGAAGCGAUUUCAGACACGGCACAAGAGCAGUACAGAACACGAGUUCUUUCAUAUUCAGUUCUUUUUUCCCCACUGUUUAAAGUUUAUCGGCAGAUUCACACAGCGCGGUUAGAUUCCAGGGCGACAACAUGCACACUUUAGCAUUACAUCUCAUUUAACGCACCUGAUUUAAGCUAGGAUGAAUUUGGCACGUUAGAAGACAGUCACAGAGAUAUUUAGGGCUUUCGCUUUCUAUCUCUAAAGCCUGGCUUUAUACCAGUCUGAGAUCUGCUCCUCUUCUCCCUGCUUCAUCCACACACACACAUACUUACUCACACUUACUCACAUAUGGCUGUUGGCUAGUACCGCUUUGUUUCUUUUCAGAAGUCCAGAAGUAAAUAACUAGUGGUAAAAGGUGUUCUUUUUUUUUGUUUUUUUUUUUAAACUGAAUUUUUAAUAUUGUCGUUAAAAAGAAAAAUGGUGGGAUUGUCUGAACAAAAGUAUGAGCCAUAUGAAUGUUUAUCAUCAGCACUUAUUUCAACUGGAUUGUAUUUCCAUUACUUUUCAUUUAGAAAUAGAUGUUUGUGUAAAAACAGGAUUUGCCAGACAGACCAGGAAGUGUCAGAACAGCCAAUCAGAUUAUGGAGAUUCAUGGAGGUUGAGAUUAACAAUACAGUGUCUGUGAACGUGUUGUUGGAGGAAUGUUCGGGAUGCACCAAUCGGAUACCGGGUACUGAUACGAGACCGAUAUUUGGAUCGCUUUUGGAUCAGAUUUCACUGUGAAAGUGUUCGGUUGACUGCCCCACCACUAAUAAUAAUGUACUUAUAUAAGGCACAACUUGUCUUUAACGUAACUCUGAACUCCAAAUGAAGUGUGUAAAUAGUUAUCCGUUUUCCGUUGGCUGAUUCAGAUCGUUUAGGUCUGUGUCUGGGUUGCGUUUUAUAACAGAACCGUUCUCAGAACCCGCGUAUAAACCGGAUUUGGGAUGAGUGACGUCACUAAACGCCAAAGUUUAUGCAAAUUAUUGAUCGAUCACAUGAUCCCCAGAUUUUUCAUUUCUUUUUAGCCACCAAACCUGCAUGAUAGCUAGCUAACUUUGCUAAAGUUUUGAUUAUAGUUUGGCUGCUGUUUAAAUUAAGCAGUGAGAAUUGCGACUAUGCAACUGAAGACUCCCACGUGUCUCGAAACCCGUGACAAAUGCGAGCCAGUUUUCUAAUUU